CUCUCUCUCUCUCUUUUUUUCGUUUCUCCCUGGACUCGAUGUUGUUGCAGAGGGGAAUACUGAAGAGGAAAAACGGAGCUUCGACUUCUCGAGCGGGUCUCCGUCUCUCAUGGCGUCGCUCACACCAGGCGUGUUGCUGAAGCUCUUGCAGCACGCGAGUAACAAAGAGGUGAAGGUCGUUGGCGAGCACCGCUCGGCGCUCUUGCAGGUAAUCGAGAUCGUGCCUUCCCUUGCUGGAGGAGACGAUCCGUGGCAAAGUAGAGGAUUCUUCUUGAAGGUUUCGGAUUCGUUGCAUUCGGCUUACGUUUCGAUCUCGGACGAGGACGUCGAUUUGAUCUUCAGCGAUAAGAUCCAGCUCGGGCAGUUUGUUCACGUCGCUCGGCUUGACUCCGGAUCGCCCGUUCCGGUGCUUCGUGGUGUUAAGCCUGUGCCGAAGAGGCGGCCCUGUGUGGGCAGUCCGAAGGAUUUGGUUUCCAGUGAUUUGUUGCCGCUUCGGACGAAUGUUUGCUUUUCGGAGGUCAUUAAGGGGUCGGGAAAUGCGAAGAAUGUGAAGAAAGACGGAAUCAAGAGAUCGGAUUUGAAGUUGAAGGUGAAAAGGUUGGAGUUCGGAGAUGCGAAGCCGAGACGUGCGUCCCUAGGGAAUGCCAAUGUGGAAGGGUUGGAGUUGAGGAGAUUGAGUUUGGAUACAAUGCGGAAGAGCUGGGACCGCAGCCCCGGUUCGAAGAAGGCUGUGCGGUCUCCAUCGACUUUGAAACCUAAGGAAACUUCGAGUCCUUCGGAUUCUGCCUCUGUUCUUUCAGAUAAGAAGGAUUCUUCCAAGAGGGAUUCAUUACUGAAGGUUCAAAAUUUGAACAAAUCACCUUUGAAAAGUAAAGGCAAGGGUUUUUCAUUGAAACUAGGAAGCAUGCCUUUAAAAAAAGAAAUCAAGUCCAAGGAUGGAACUGUUCCAUGCCAUCUUGUUAAAGUGCCUAUCGCCUCUAAAAGUUGUUCUGAUAAAAACAUUUCAUGGGAGAUGCUUCCAUCUAGAAUUCAUGCUCUUGGAAAGGAUGUUGUGCUGCAUAGAAAUGCUUCUUUUCUUGCUGCUGUGGAUGCUUUACAAGAAGCAUCAGCUGCAGAAAGUGUCAUUCGAUGCAUGAGCAUGUUUGUAGAACUGUGGGAAACUGGUCAGCAAGAUUCUCCAGGGCUAUUAGUGGGGCAAUUUCUAGGCCUCCACGACAGCAUGCGACAAGUAGCAUCCACGGUUGAUGCACUGCUAGAGACAAGAUCUCCUGAAACAAAGACUAGCACCCCGGGCACAGAGCAGAUUCCAACACCUGAAAUAUGCAGAAGUUCUACAAAUAAAAAUGAAGAUGCAACAUUGUGGGUCCGUGCUGCUCUAGAGACUGAUCUUUCCAAAUUUUCACUCUUCACAAAGCAAGAUAAGAGGGGAACUAUAAAUGGCGAGCAGUAUCACUAUGUUGUCUUGGAAAAGACUCCAGAACCAACAGAAGUGAAGUUGAAGAGAUGUUCACCUCAGAACAAACGAAGCCCAAAACUACCAGAUUUAGCAAGUAAAUCAUUACCAUGUCAUUCAAGCCGGCCUAGAGUUUCAGCAACAAAGAAGGCCAAUGUUGAGAGAAGGGAGUGGUCAAAGGGAAUUGGUCUGAUGGAGGUGGCUUCUCUAGUAAAACGACUCAUCUCAUUUUCACGUGGAUCGUUCUUGAAGUACUUGGAGGAUUCACUGGACAAGGGGUUUGGGUUGAAGCGGGGAGAAGGUGACGAUGAGAUUGCUAUUCUCCUUGGGCAGCUUAAAAGGGUGAAUCAGUGGUUGGAAGAUUCAGUUGGGGAUGGGUUAGAUAUUAAUGAGAGAAUAGAGGGCUUGAAGAAGAAGCUAUAUGCUUUCCUACUUGAGCAUGUUGAUUUGGGUGUUGUUCCCUCCAAACAGGGACCAAGCUGACAGAAGAAUGCUUGGAAUUCUUUAGGAAUUUGUUGAAGUACAGAGUGACGUGAGUAUACAGUUGACAGGGUUUUGCCUGCAAAUACGAGUCUUUUGCCUUGAAGAAAGUCUUUCUUGGACUGAAACUGACACAAUGUAGAAGCUGCUCCAUAAUUUAAAAUACCUAACCGCUUUAGUCUUACUGUUCAGUUUUUUUUUUUCCUAGCGCUUUGUACUUAGUUGAGGCUUCUCCAAUCUGAAAUGUCUAACACUUUGUUUUGCCUAUAAUUCCAGUCACUAACAGGAAGAAACGGUCUAGUCGAUUGUAUCGA